UAUGAAAUUCUCUUUUUUAUUUACUCAUAUUUCCCCACAGAAUCCUGCUUGCAUCAUCCUGGGGUACCAGUUUUUCAUGAUGUGUAUAAAAAAUGGUCAUGCUGUGAAAAAAAAACAACAGAUUUUACUGAAUUUUUAAAUAUAAAGGGUUGUACAAGAUCUUAUCACAGCAACAUAAAACCAGUUGAGACUCCAAAGCGUAAAGAGGAGAAUGAUAAAGAAGUAUAUUCAUCACCAAAACCUAUGCAGCAGAGAGAUGCACUGGAGCGACCUGAUCCUAAUCAGCCGAUGGUACACCUUCCAUUUACCAUUGGUGCUUCUUUAAAACCUGUUUUAGAUGCAAUGCAGAAAGAAAUAACAUUAGAAAAAGAUCCUGAAAAUGACUCUAUUAUCCAGCUUAAUACACCAUGUCAAAACAAAGGAUGCAAAGCGGUGUAUAGGGGAGAGGAGAGUGAUGCUGAGACUUGUUUGCAUCAUGAAGGAAUGCCUGUGUUUCAUGAAGGUAUGAAGUACUGGUCCUGCUGCGUCAAGCGUACGACAGAUUUUGACAGUUUCUUAGAGCAGAUAGGAUGUACAACUGGAAAACAUAAAUGGCUUAAAGAUAAAAACAUGGAACAAAGAGCUAAAUGUCGCUAUGACUGGCAUCAAACAGGCAAUUCUGUUGUUAUUUCAGUUUAUUCAAAAUGUCCUUUACCUGAUUUAUCAUUUGUUGAUGCAAAUCCAGUGAAACUGCAUAUAUAUAUAACAUUUGGAGAAGAAAAAACUGUAUUUGAUGAAGAGCUCAUUUUGUAUGGUGUUAUUAAUCUUGAAAACUGUUCUGUGACUUACCUUGGUAGUAAAGUAGAAAUUAAAUUAAAGAAAGCAGAGCCAGUAGGUUGGAAAGACUUAACACUGCGAGACAAGAUAAUGGACAUUGAUACCAUGACUAUACAAGACAAAUGACAAAUAUUCUGAAUUGUGCAUAACUUUUCAUUCAUUUUGUUUCAUUUGCACUUGUGUACUGUAAAGUUUUAGUAUUGUUACUUAGAAUAAAAAUAACUUAUUUUAUGGGUUAUUAAAAUAA